CCGGUGGUCGAGAGUGACACCACCAACGCAUCCACAUUUUGUUGCACCCCUGUAGCAUGAUGAACUCCAUCCAGAAUUAAUGGACCAAGUUUCUCCGCCAUUUUUGUUUCGAGAAACACAAUGGGUUUCGGUUUCAGGCUAAAUCUCAAGUGGGGUUUUCCGAUUCAGUCUCAUUCCCCCUCCAAUUCACCUUUCAGGAUUUCUUCUUCUUACGUUAGAGGCAAGGAGGCUUCUUUCAACUCAACAAGGCAGUCUUUAAUGUCGGUUAUUUCAGAUGAGAGUGAUAAAUUUUAUAAAGAUCCUCAGCAAGCAUCCACUUCUUCUCUUGCAGUUCCACAAUUCAAGGAGAAUAAUUUCUCAGAAUUGGAAGACAUGAAGGAAAACAUUAGGAAGAGGACAUUCAGCAAUCUACAUGACAUAAUUGAAGACGCCAAGGUGCCUGUUAAAGAGAACAAAUUUACUUCCUCCACAAGCUUACAAGCAUGCAAGGCAACGCAUUUUAAUUCUUUAAUGGAAAAUCUUCACAUUUUAGAGGAAACUUUUGUUGAUUCAGACGUGAUAAGGUUGGAAAAGGAUAUUCUGCUGCAAUUAGGAAGGCUUGGAGCUAUAAACUUAUUUUAUACCUGUCUAUCAAGGAGCCUUGAAAUCUCAAAUUUUUUGGAUUUGGUGGACAUACCUUCUCAGCAUAUUGGAGAGCACAAGAUGAGAAGUGUCAAAGAUGAUCACAUAGGUAAAAAAGUUGUUCGCUCAGGGAAAAUGAAAGAAAGAAAAUCAAGAACAAGAACAUUGGAAAAUGCUCCUCUGUCAUUGCCCUCAAAAGUCAAUCAGAAACAUUUCGGGAAGCCUACUGUUUCAUCUGUAAAAAGAGGAUCCAGGUCUAGAAUAAGAAGGCUUAAGAUUGCUAGAAAUGAAGCCGAGAUGUCAAGGGGGGUUAAGGUGGUUGCAAACUUAGAGAGAAUCAGGAUAACUUUGGAAGCGGAAACUGGGCGAGUAGCUAGCUUGAGUUGUUGGGCAGAGGCAGCUGGACUUGAUGAAAAGGUGUUGCAGCAGCACUUGCAUUUUGGUUGGUGCUGUAGGGAUGAGCUUAUAAGGAGUACUCGCUCCUUAGUUCUAUAUCUUGCAAGAAAUUACAGAGGUCUGGGAAUAGCUUUGGAAGACUUGCUUCAGGCUGGAAACUUGGGAGUCCUCCAAGGUGCUGAACGGUUUGACCAUACCAGGGGCUACCGAUUUUCAACCUAUGUUCAGUACUGGAUUAGGAAAUCAAUGUCAAGAAUGGUAGCACAGCAUGCUAGGGGAAUCCAAAUUCCAUAUACGUUGAGCAGGGCAAUAAAUCUAAUAGUAAAAGCUCGAAAAGACCUUAACAGAACCCACGGGAAAUACCCAGGUGAUGAUGAUAUUUCGAAGUACACAGGUCUUUCUUUGGCCAAAAUCAGAUCGGCUGGAAAAUGUUUAAGAGUUAUUGGUUCAAUUGAUCAGAAGAUAGGGGAUCACAACAAUCUACAAUACAGGGAAGUUUUGCCUGACUUGUCAAUAAGAAGUCCUGAAGAAACUGUCACGAGGCAGCACAUGAGGAAAGAAAUUCACAAUCUUUUAAAAAGCUUGGAUUCAAGAGAGAGGCAAGUUUUGUUCCUAAGGUAUGGACUCGAGGACUGCCAGCCCAAGUCACUUGAGGAGACAGGGAGGCUUCUCCACGUCUCUAAGGAGUGGAUACGUAAGAUUGAAAGGAAAGCUCUUGCUCGCCUAAGAAAUGAAGAAAUUCGUAGAAGUUUAAGCCAUUAUUUGGAAAACUAGUUUCAGCUUGACUUGCGAAGCUCCAAUGUUGUUUGCUUUUGAUUGCAUGGGGCAGAUUUAAGCCCCAUUUAAAUUGAGAGAUGAGAUGAGAUAAGAUAGUUUAUGAAUAAUAAUGAGAUUUGUGAGUUGAAAUUUAUAAAUGGUAGUGAGAUGAGUUGAGAUGA